AUGAUCACCUACAUGCACCUCGCCAUAUUCGCCAACAUGCUGGGCCUGUCGCUCUUCUUGUUUGUCGUUCUCUAUCACUACGUGGCCAUCAACAAUCCCAAGAAACAGGAAUGAAAAUGGUGCUUUCUCCUCCCCAGGGUUCCAGGACGUAGUCUGAGGCCAGAUGGAGGGUGUGAGGGACAUUCACACUUCACUUCAUCCCUUCUGCCCAUC